AUGUUCCUCAUGAACGUACCUCCUGUGCUUGCUCUCCAGUCAAAAUGGGAGGCCUUCGGCCCGUCGGGAAGCUUUAGGUUUCCUGGGUGCUUCUCAGAGUCCACAGAGGGCGUGGCAAGGGCAGCGGUCAGCACCAAGGUACAGAUGGUCAUCAGCACGCUGCAGAGCGACAGAGCCACCUUGGGCAUGAGCAAUGAGCACACCACACGGAAAAGCCACCGGGGAGAGCGAUGCCGUGACACCAGGCUUGCCUCCAACCCAGCUGUGCCCAAGGAACAGCCCACCUUCACUGCCUGUGCCUUCACUGCUGACUUCAACCCCACGGUAGAGGAGGCAGCUGUGGACUUUGGCCCUCUGGCGCUGGAUUCAGACAGCGAUGACUCUGUGGACCGCGACAUUGAGGAAGCAAUCCAGGAGUAUCUGAAGGCCAAGAGCAGCAGGGCCCAGCCCAUGUCCAGUGGCUCCCAGCCUAUGCCCAGUGUGGCCCUGCCUUCAGGGGCUACAGAGGGUAGCAGCAGAGGUAAGCCAGAGCCACCCCAGAACAGCACCAUGACUGCUCUGUGUCCUGCAAAACCCAGAGCAGACAACACAGUGGCAGGAGGUGUCCCUGACAGCCACACAGGGGCCCGUGAAAACCGGGGCCCUGCCUCCCCUGUGAGUGUAAGCAGUGAUGACUCUUUCGAGCAGAGUAUACAGGCGGAAAUAGAGCAGUUUCUGAAUGAAAAGAAGCAACAUGAAAUCCAAAAGUGUGAUGCUUCUGUGGACAAAAAGCCAGACCCAGGUGAAAUCUCAGCAAGAUUGGCAUUACAGUCCAGCAAAGAGCCGGCCACGAGGGUGCAUCGCCAGGACACAGUGGGUGCCGGCAAGGAGUUUGUUUUCCGAAAACAGAAGACGAGUGUACAGCCCAGAGGCCUCAAGGCUAAAGUCACCAUCGAGACAGAGGCCUUGAGCAACACCAAACCAGCAGCCCCCAAGGCAGCCAGUUACCACCUUUCGGACACAACUCAGAACAAAGGGGGCACUAAGAAAAUUAUAGGUGCUGGGCGGAGGGGGAAGCAGGCCAAGAGUGCGGCCCUGGUGUCCAUUGCAUCCGACUCCAGCAGUGAUGAUGGCAUUGAGGAAGCCAUUCAGCUCUACCAGCUGGAGAAAACCAGGAAAGAGGCCAGUGGGGAUGCUCCACAGAGAGGCCAGCUCAGAGAGGACCAAGGGCCUGACUCUUCUGCCAGCAACACAAGCACCUCCACAAAAAGUGCCUUUCCUGAAACCCACCGGAAAACUGCAAGCAAGAAAAAGCUGGCGACCACAAAAGCCAUGGAGGUUGACCCACAUGCCCUUGAUUCCAGCUAUCCCACCGGUCCCCCGAAGGAAACCAAAGCUUCUCCGCAGCUGGGAGACACAGGUGCCAAGGGUGAGUGUGCAGACCAGGCCUCAUGCCGGGCAGACACUUCCGCUGAGCUGAUGUGCGCUGAGGCCAUUCUGGACAUUUCCAAGACCAUCCUGCCAGUGCCCUCAGGGGCUAGUGCCCGGACUCUGCACACAAGCCCACUCUUCUAUGCCCCCAGUGUGCCUUCCCGCUCUGAUGGGGACAGCAGCUCUGUGGACAGCGAUGACAGCAUUGAGCAGGAAAUUCGGACGUUUUUGGCCCUUAAGGCACAAUCGGGGAGCUUGCUGGCCCAAGCUGAAAACCACCCACCCCCUGCAUGGAGCCCACGGUUGUCACCUGGGCCCAACAGCCAGGCCGGUGGCCCACUUUCUAAGACACUGGAUGUGCCUCUGAGCUGCAAAAGGAAACACAGAGGUAGUGGCAGCACUGCAAAACCAUCAGCACUGAAGAAAAGUAAGGAGGUGGCGAAGGAGGAUUCCCAGGAUGCUGAUCACUGCCACGGGAGUACUCAGCCUGGUCAUGAGGGGUGGGACAUUCCCAGCCAGGGGAGAGCUGGUGAGGCAGCUGAGGCUGAGGCCAGGAGCCAGCCUCUUCCCUCCAAGGCGGCUGGGCCUGGGGACGAGCUUGUGGCCUCAGAUGUGAGAGGUGGCAUGUCACACAGCCAUGGCCAGGUGGAUGAGGCAAGGGGUGUAGGUGAGAAGGGGAGCUCUGACGACAAGAGCAGCUCAUUGGAUAGUGAUGAGGACUUGGACACUGCCAUCAAGGACUUGCUCAGAUCCAAACGCAAACUCAAAAGGAGGUGCAGGGAGCCACGAGCUGCCACGUGCAAGAAGAGAGUCCGCUUCAGCACCACUGAGACACAGGGUCUGGAGACAGGGAGCAGCUUCCAGAAAGACUGGAGAAACAAGAGCCCAUGUUUGUUGAAAAGUUGCCUCUCAAAAUCCAGAAAGGACAGCAGAGAGAUCACAGUGAGGAGACCUGGGGUGGGUGACGGUAUCGAAAGCACAGUGGAGAGCGUGCGGACAGAUGGCACUAGCAGUGGGGAUCCUCCCCUGUCUUUCCAGCUGAGGAAAAAGGCUCCAGAGGGAAGUUUGUUCUGCAAUGAAUUGGAAGUCAAUGAAAACUCGAGCUCCACCUCGAGUCCCAUCUCUCUAUCUGAUGACAGCAGCUCAGUAGACAGUGAUGACAGCAUCGAGCUGGAGAUUCGUAAGUUUCUGGCCGAGAAGGCCAAGGAAUCUAUGAACUGCACAGAUAUUCAUGGUGGCGGCCCCCUCACUCCCAGAGCAGGGGGCCUUCCCAGGCCAGAGCCACUGGGCAGAAAGGAGUCAGCGGUGGCCCCUACGCCUGGUGUGUGCACAUGGACCCCAAGGAGCCGGGCAGCCUCCCAGCUGGCCGAGGGGCCCAGGAGCACAGAGAGAGCCACUGGGGGGCAGAGCAUGGCCAGAGUCUUCAGCCAGGGUGCCAAGGGCCUCCCUGCUGCCCAGGCCCCAUGUGAGCCAGCGCCACCCAAGAACGCCAGUGGGACGUUGUCUGCCAAAGGGUCCCCCAUAAGCAAGAGAAACGCUUAUGGCAGCAAAGACCAGAAUCAGAGAGGGGUUGAGCCUACUGCUGUGGAAAGUGCUUUUCAGCAGCUACCCAGUGGUGCCAUAGCUGGAGCAGAGGAUGAGAGCACCAGCGCCUUCCAAGUGAGCCGCCAGAGCCUCAGCUUGCUGACCCCGAGCCCCGGGGCAGAGAGGGAGAGUCGUGUGCUCCUCAGCGGUCAGCCUCAAGCUGAUUCUGCUAGCCCAUGGAGUGACUUUGCCCAACAGAGCAGGCUCCAGAGCACAUGGGCACUGCACCCGGAUGCAGCAUGGAAAGGGGGCUUCGGGACCGAGAGAGAUAGUGGUGCUGAGGGGCCGGCUAAGUGCCCAUCUGGCCUGGCACUGGACUCCAAGAAGAGCCUGCCCUUUGCAGGCUUUGCCCCACUGCUUUCCACUCAGCUCUUCCAUUUUGGGAAGAGCGUUUCCUGGGGGGGAGAGCAGGCCAGCCUCUUCAGCCCCCGUCUAGGCCUGCCGCUGCAGGGGCCCUCCUUCUCGGCCUUCCGGGAAGUCCCACUGGGCCCCAGCCCUGUGUUUGGAAGCUCCCACCUGCUGGUAAAGAAGGAAGGCGGGCACUGGCAGAGCAGGAAGUCGCCAGUUGGCCUUGGGCUACCUGACAGGAGGAUCUCAGGGUCAGAGGAGAACGUUCUAGACCUGAGGUACAGACGCAGGGCUGUCGAUAGAGAUGAUGAGGACCAGGAGGCCCUGGGCAGCGAUGCCAGUGACUUCAGUGACACCUCUAUGGAGGACGGCAGUGGCAGUGGGGUGGUGAAGGGUAACGUCCUCCAGCUUUGA